GCUGCGUGUCUCAGUCUACUCGCAAGUGGUGGCUAUCAGCAUGCAAUAGGCAAUGACUAUUUGAUAGGAAUGUGCCAGAGCACUGUCUCGAAAUUAACGGGCAAUGUUUUGGAAGAAAUUGAAGCCAAAUUGUGUCCUAAACAUAUUAAAUUUGAGCCAGAUGAUUCGAGAAGGUGCAAAGAGUGGUUUGUUGAGAACUAUCAAAUUCCAGGAGUGGUUGGAUGCAUUGAUGGCACCCACAUUGGACUACAAAAGCCCACGGUCAACGAGCAUAUGUAUUUCAACAGGAAGGGUUUUCAUAGCAUAAAUGCGAUGUUGAUUUGCGACCACACUACGAAAAUUCUCGCAAUAAACUGCCAAUAUGGGGGUGCAGCCCACGACUCAUUCAUAUGGAAGCAUUCAAACGAACGAAUGGUUAUGGAACAUCGUUUUUUGCACAAUAGGAGUGACAAUGCCUGGCUGCUAGAAAUCCAUCGGACGGAUCAGGUGAAGCAAGGUUCAAUGAAAUUCAUUCCAAGGCACGGUGCAUCAUUGAACGAACUAAUGGUGUACUGA